AUGCAGUUUGUACGCAAGGCCGAAGAGGCCCUGACUGGCAAGAAAGACGAGUCGCACGAUUCGACUAAGUCCUCCAACCAUGGACCUCACUCGUCCAAGUUGGCCAACAAGCUUGACCCCCGGGUCGACAGUGAUAAAGACCACCGUGCUGCCCACACUGAUGUGACUGGCGCCGGUCUUGGAUCUACACACGGCACCACCACCGCUACAGGCACUCACGGCACUACUCACGGCACCUCUGGUGUGACUGGCGGCGGCGCCGGCCUCGGAUCUACACACGGCACCACUGGCAGCACCAAUGCCGGCCCCCACAGCUCCAACAUUGCCAACAAGGCUGAUCCCCGCGUUGACUCUGACCGCGACAACCGUGCUGCCCACACCGGUGUGACUGGCGCCGGUCUUGGCUCUACCCAUGCCCCAACCACCACUACAGGCACUCACGGCUCGACCCUGGGUUCUGGCACUACCCACGGCACCUCAGGUGUGACUGCCACCGGUGCUGGUCUCGGGUCUACCCACGGCACCACUGGUAGCACCAACGCUGGUCCUCACAGCUCGAACAUCGCCAACAAGGCCGAUCCCCGCGUUGACUCUGACCGCGAUAACCGCGCUCGUCACGAGGGCCUCACUGGUGCUACUACCGGUGCUGGUCUUGGAUCUACUCACGCUACUCACGGCUCUACCCUGGGCUCUGGCACUACUCACGGCACCUCUGGUGUGACUGGCACUGGCACUGGCGCCGGUCUCGGAUCUACUCACGGCACCACUGGUAGCACCAACGUUGGUCCUCACAGCUCGAACAUCGCCAACAAGGCCGAUCCUCGCGUUGACUCUGACCGCGACAACCGCGCUCGCCACGAGGGUCUUACUGGUGCUACUACCGGUGCUGGCCUUGGAUCUACUCACGGCACCACCACCACCACUGGCACCCAUGGUUCGACCCUGGGCUCUGGAACUGGUACCACCCACGCCGCACCCAUUGCUACUCCCGGCAGCAGCAGCACCAAUGCUGGACCUCACAGCUCCAACAUCGCUAACAAGCUCGACCCCCGCGUUGACUCGGACCGUGACAGCAAUGCCCAGCACUCCAGUCUCUCUGGCACUGGCCCUGGUACUACCACCCACGGUACCCACAGUCGCGGUGCUACUGCUGCUCCCACUGGCUCGGCCAUUGGUGGCUCGGGUCUUGGUACUACUGGUCACCACGAUGCUCUUGCUGGUAGUAGCUACAAUACUCCUGCCACUGGAACCACCACUGGUGCUACUGGUACCACUGCCCCUCACAGCUCGAGCAUCGCCAACAAGCUUGAUCCCCGUGUCGACACCGAUGCUACCCAUGCUCAGAGUGGACUUCACCGUCAGAUCUAG